AUGAGAACGGGGAGAACGGGGAAAAAUGUGCAAACACUGGCGGAAAUACUCAAUAAUAACGAAUUGGCGGAGGAUUUUAGGACAUUUUUAGAAUACCAGGAGCACUCGAUUGAGAAUCUCAACUUUAUCUUGUGGUUUUUAUCUUAUAAGAGUAGAUGGAGUGGAUUGAGUGGAAUAGAGCAGGAUAAGUCACCUUCGUGUAGAUUAAACAAGUGGAGGAAGAAGACUAGCAUAAACACACAAGAACAACCAUAUAGACGUGAAGUUGAUCACAUAAUCAGCGUCUACUUCAACAAUCUCAGCCAAUUUGAACUAAAUCUCCCAGAAGAUAUCCAAUCAUACACACUCGAUCUACUCCGCACUUCAACACAUCCGGAUUGCUUCACGAAAGCAUACGAACACGUAAACUACUUAAUUCAAACAUCAUCUAUACCUCAAUUCAUGGCUUGCAAGUAUCCUCAACCUACAAAGACUCCUUCACGUCUGAAAUCUUUCUUCAAGAGAUUGUAA